AUGGCCUUCACUCUUCGCUGGGGUAUCCUGUCGACUGGCUGGAUUGCCACCAAAUUCUCCCUCGACCUCCUCGUCAACCCUUCGACUCGCCAGGUCUCCGACGUCGCGCACCGCAUCGUCGCAGUUGGUUCCCGCUCAAAGGACUCGGCGCAAAAGUUCGUCGACAGCGUCUGGAACGAAGCGGGCGUCAAGGAGGGGAAGAAGCAGGUCAAGCUGUACGGCUCUUACGACGAGUUGCUCGCCGACAAGGACGUCGACUGCAUCUACAUCGGAACCCCUCACUCGCACCACUACGCCAACGCUCAUGCCGCUCUCUCCGCCGGCAAGAACGUCCUCUGCGAGAAGUCGCUCGUCGUCAAUGCCGCUCAAGCGAAAGCGCUCAUCGACCUCGCUCGCUCGAAGGACCUCUUCUUCAUGGAGGCUGUCUGGACGCGAUACCAGCCGUUUGCCUACAAGCUCGAGGAGGUCCUCAAAAGCGGCAAGAUCGGCGAAGUUCGCGGUGUACAAGCUGAGCUCUGCGUGGACUUUGGUCCGACUGCUAAGAAGAACCCGGACCACCGCCUCAUCAAUCCGGUUCUCGCUGGAGGCGCCCUCCUUGAUCUCGGCCCGUACCCCUGGACUCAGCUCGCCCUCGUCCUCCUCGGCGAGCACAAGGCAUCGACCGAGCCUCUUCCCGUCCCGAAGGUCGUCUCGUCGAUGACCAAGACCACCUCGGGCGUCGACGCCUCCGUCGUCGCGGCCAUCGAGUUCGCCCAGGCCGACGGCCGCAUCGUCCACGGCACGCUCACGACCGCCCAAGACCGGCAGACUGCCCACUCGCGGUGCUCGCUCAUCCAAGGCUCGCUGGGCUAUAUCGAAGUCGCAUUCCCGACCUACCGACCCCGCUCGCUCACGUACUACCGCUGGGCGAACGAGGGCGACUUGGGAGACCCGACUGUCAAGCCUGUCGAGUCGGAGACGUUCGAGUUCGAGCCACGUCCUGGAGGAAUCUGGGGCUUUGCGUGGGAGGCGGACGAGGUCGCGAGGUGCAUCAGGGACGGCAGGAAGGAGAGCGACAGGAUGCCGCUUCGCGAGACGCUGCUCAUGAUGCAGGUCUUCGACGAGAUCCGCAAGCAAGGCAACUUUACCUACCCUCCCGAACUCGAGACCCUCGAGCUCAAGUAG